ACAUGCCAUCCGUCUUCCGAGCACCGUAGCUCAACCAAACAUCUUUCCCUUCUUGCCCGUCUGGGAUCUGUCGUCCUCCGUGUGCAUCCGAUUGUCGCAGGAGAAACCGAAUCUCUCUCUCUUAGGAGAAGAUCGCAAAGAUUUCGUCUUUGGGCGGAUGGAAAGCGGCCACCUCCCGAUCCGGGAGAGCCUGGCGAGCGCCAUGAGGCACGAGCGCCGAUGGCGAUCUCACUCUUCCUCUCAAUCGAGCAAGGCCCCCUUGAUCAUGGGAUUCUUGUCUUGCCUCGCCUGGCUCUACGUUGCUGGACGGUUGUGGCAGGAUGCCGAGAAUAGAAUACUACUAUCCGGUCUGCUUCAGAAGAAUUCUGGCCAUGCGCCAAAGAUUCUUUCGGUGGAGGAUAAGCUGAUGAAUCUCGGAUGCAAAGAAGUUGGACGGAAGAUGGUUGAGGCUGAGAUGGACCUGACGUUGGCUAAGAGUAAGGGAUUCUUGACGCAGAGUGGGUCUUCUUCUAGGAAGAAGUUUCUUGCCGUUAUUGGAGUCUAUACUGGAUUUGGGAGUCGCCUCAAAAGGAACAUAUUUAGGGGUUCUUGGAUGCCAAGAGGUGAUGCCUUAAAGAAACUUGAGGAAAGGGGUGUGGUCAUUCGCUUUGUAAUUGGUCGGAGUGCUAAUCGAGGUGACAGCUUAGAUCGUAACAUCGAUGAUGAAAAUCGUCAGACGAAAGAUUUUUUGAUUCUUGAAAGCCAUGAGGAAGAUGGAGAAGAGCUGCCCAAAAAAGCUAAAUUCUUCUUCAGUGCAGCAGUAGAAACAUGGGAUGCAGAAUUUUAUGUUAAAGUUGAUGACAGUAUCAACCUUGACCUGGAUGGGUUAAUUGAGAUUCUUGAAAGCCAUCGUGCUCGCAAGAAUGUGUAUAUGGGCUGCAUGAAGUCUGGAGCUGUCAUAAGUGAAGAGGGAAAGCAGUGGUAUGAACCUGAGUGGUGGAAAUUUGGAGAUGCAAAGUUGUACUUUCGUCAUGCUGCUGGUUCACUAAUUAUACUGUCAAAAAAUUUGGCUCGGUACAUCAACAUAAACAGUGCAUCUCUGCAGACCUAUGCUCAUGACGAUACAUCAGUUGGCUCAUGGAUGAUGGGUGUUGAUGCAACCUAUGUUGAUGAUGACCGCCUUUGUUGCAGCAGUUCUAGACAAGAAAAAGUCUGUUCUGUAGCUUGAGGAGUUCUCUGUUGUAUGGCUUGAGGAGCAAAGAACAUGCUGAUGUUGCUGACAAGUGUUCUUCUCUUUCACAAACUGUUGGUUGUUGGUAGAUCACGAUGCACAGAGAUUCAUGACCUACUACAAAUCAAAAUUAAUGAAAUGGACAUUGAAAACACUUCUUCCAAUUAGAAGAACAUGAGAAUACAGAACCCAUGGUGACAACCAUACUGACCUUUCAUAUGGUUGAUACGACUUCUUCAGAAUGUCAUAUUAUUGUUCCUGAAAUAUUUGAAAAUAUCUAAGCCAAAAAGAGCAAGGACUGGAGUUGCGCUUCCAUGACAGCUAGUUUACAUAAUGUGUUCCAACUUUUAUAUCUGCCCUACUAUAAAAAACCGCUGCUCGUUUGUAGAUUGCCAAAAUUAUGAUUAGUAGUUGGUUUUUUCUACCAGUAGAUACAGGUUUGAACAGGAGUGAACAAUGCCUUACAAUGUGUACAUGUUCAUGCUGUGGUUGCCACUCUAUCCUGAACACAGUAGUGUUCACCAUAAGGAGCCAUUUGAAUUGCUGUUACACCUUAACAGUGUGAUCAUUUUAUCUUAUAAUUAUCUACAGAUAGGUAU